UACUACUUCUGGUGCUCCCUGCCAUCCCUGGGCGGGGGCGGGCGGGGGCGGGCGCGGGCGCCGCUCUCGGGAUGUAGUUGGUGCCGGCGCAGGGCAGGACCGAGCGGCAGCCCGGGUUCCCGCUCUUGAGAGCGAAUGGUCACUCCCCUGCGGGGAGGGCGGUCCGACCAGCUUUUCCUUGGGUCGGGGGCCCCGCGGGCCCCGGGCAGGGUCUCACCUGUCGCACCCACACCCAUCCCGGCUGCACUCGGGGCGUCAUCGCCGCGGACCUCGCUUUGGGCCAUGACCAGAUAUGAUUGGUGAUUACAACAUCCUUGUAUAAAUUAAUUCUUGUCAACUCCUUGGGAUUUGAAGAAAAAAUGCCUGGUGUCAUACCUAGUGAAAGUAAUGGGCUUUCAAGAGGUAGCCCAUCAAAGAAAAACAGACUUUCCUUGAAGUUUUUUCAGAAAAAGGAAACUAAGAGAGCCCUAGAUUUCACGGAUUCUCAAGAGAAUGAAGAAAAGGCUUCUGAAUAUAGAGGAUCUGAAAUUGAUCAAGUUGUUCCUGCAGCACAGUCCUCACCUAUAAACUGUGAGAAGAGAGAAAACUUGUUACCAUUUGUGGGCCUGAAUAAUCUCGGCAAUACUUGUUAUCUUAACAGUAUACUUCAGGUAUUAUAUUUUUGUCCUGGUUUUAAAUCUGGAGUGAAGCACUUAUUUAACAUUAUUUCAAGGAAGAAAGAAGCCCUAAAAGAUGAAACCAAUCAAAAAGAUAAGGGAAAUUGCAAAGAAGAUUCUUUGGCAAGUUAUGAACUAAUAUGCAGCUUACAGUCCUUGAUCAUUUCAGUUGAACAGCUUCAGGCUAGCUUUCUCUUAAAUCCAGAGAAAUACACUGAUGAACUUGCUACUCAGCCAAGGCGACUGCUUAACACACUCAGGGAACUCAACCCUAUGUAUGAAGGAUAUCUACAGCAUGAUGCACAGGAAGUAUUACAGUGUAUUUUGGGAAACAUUCAAGAAACAUGCCAACUCCUAAAAAAAGAAGAAGUAAAAGUGGUAGAAUUAUCUACUAAGGUAGAAGAAAAACCUCAUCAGAAAGAGGAAAUGAGUGGUAUUAACAGCAUAGAGAUGGACAACCUGAGGCAUUCUGAAGACUAUAAAGAAAAACUCCCAAAAGGAAAUGGGAAAAGAAAAAAUGACAUUGAAUUUGGUAACAUGAAGAAAAAAGUUAAAGUAUCCAAGGAACACCAGUCAUUGGAAGAGAACCAGAGACAAACCAGAUCAAAAAGGAAAGCUACAGGUGAUACGUUAGAGAUUCCUUCUAAAAUAAUCCCCAAGUAUGUUUCUGAAAAUGAAAGUGCAAGACCCUCACAAAAGAAAUCAAGAGUUAAAAUAAAUUGGUUAAAGCCUGCAACUAAGCAACCCAGCAUUCUUUCUAAAUUCUGUAGUCUGGGAAAAAUAACAACAAACCAGGGAUCCAAAGGACAGUCUAAAGAAAAUGAAUAUGAUCUUGAAGAGGACUGCGGGAAGUGUGAAAAUGAUAACACAACUAAUGGUUGUGAACUUGAGUCUCCAGGGAAUAAUGUUAAGCCCGUUAAUGAAGUUAAGCCCAUAAACAAAGGUGCAGAGCAAAUUGGUUUUGAGCUAGUAGAGAAAUUAUUUCAAGGUCAGCUGGUAUUAAGGACUCGUUGCUUAGAAUGUGAAAGUUUAACAGAAAGAAGAGAAGAUUUUCAGGACAUCAGUGUACCAGUACAAGAAGAUGAGCUUUCCAAAGUAGAGGAGAGUUCUGAAAUUUCUCCAGAGCCAAAAACAGAAAUGAAGACCCUGAGAUGGGCAAUUUCACAGUUUGCUUCAGUGGAGAGGAUUGUAGGAGAAGAUAAAUAUUUCUGUGAAAAUUGCCAUCAUUAUACUGAAGCUGAACGAAGUCUUUUGUUUGACAAAAUGCCUGAAGUUAUAACUAUUCAUUUGAAGUGCUUUGCUGCUAGUGGCUUGGAGUUUGAUUGUUAUGGUGGUGGACUUUCCAAGAUCAACACUCCUUUACUGACACCUCUUAAAUUGUCACUAGAAGAAUGGAGCACAAAGCCAACCAACGACAGCUAUGGAUUAUUUGCGGUUGUGAUGCACAGUGGCAUUACCAUCAGUAGUGGGCAUUACACUGCUUCUGUUAAAGUCACCGACCUUAACAGUUUAGAACUAGAUAAGGGAAAUUUUGUGAUCGACCAAAUGUGUGAAAUAGGUAAGCCAGAACCAUUGAAUGAGGAGGAAGCAAGGGGUGUGGUUGAAAAUUAUGAUGAUGAAGAAGUGUCAAUUAGAGUCAGUGGAAAUACACAGUCAAGUAAAGUUUUGAACAAAAAAAAUGUAGAAGCUAUUGGACUUCUUGGAGGACAAAAGAGCAAAGCAGAUUAUGAGCUAUACAACAAAGCAUCUAAUCCCGAUAAAGUUGCCAGUACAGCAUUUGAUGAAAAUAGAAAUUCUGAGACUAACAAUACUAAUGGGACCCAUGAAUUUGACGCAAACAAGGAAUCCAGUGACCAAACAGGCAUUAACUUAAGUGGAUUUGAGAACAAAAUUUCAUAUGUAGUGCAAAGCCUAAAGGAGUAUGAGGGGAAGUGGUUACUUUUUGAUGAUUCUGAAGUGAAAGUUACAGAAGAGAAGGACUUUUUGAAUUCUCUUUCCCCUUCUACAUCUCCUACAUCUACUCCUUAUUUGCUAUUUUAUAAGAAAUUAUAGAGUAUUUUCCUUAUGUAUAUAUUAAACAGACCUGGACAAAAGCUGGUAAAGUUGAUUACAUCAAAGAGUCUAGCUUAUCUUUUGAAGCUAUUGGAUAUUAUUGGUCUCUCUAGGUUUUUAUAUAAAUAGUGACAUUUGAAUUACUGAAAACCAUGUUAAUUUUUAGAAUUCAUUUCCCGUAGUAGAGACUAGUGAUGCAUUAGCUUCUGGGAACAAACCUGUAUAGGUUCUUAAUUGAAUUAUUCAAAUGGGAAGCAUUUAAACACUUUUGAAUUUACACCUAUUCUUUUGUGUUUGCUUUUUAAAAUAAAGUGCUUGUAUUUGUAUCCAUAUUUUGGAGUAAUUAUAUGAUGUUUAUAGGUCCUGUGGUUUUUCAGCUAAAAAGCAGAAUCUCAUUUCAGUACAUUUAGUUUUAUAAGUCAUUGAAGCCAAAUCUUUAAUGGGCUGUAUUUAAAGGCACAAAGUCUGGAAUAUGUGUGUAUUCACAGUAGUGUACAUUUUGUGCCUUGAAUCACUUUGAAAAGUGUCUCAGAAAACCUGGACAGCCAGUCCCCUUCUAUCUUCACAAGAAUUUUAUAUGUAUUUAUGAAAAUGAUUCUGUAUUCUAGUAAAUCUUUUUGGGCAUGGACUAAUUUGUAUCUCUUCAUAGUCAUAUUCUGCACGAUCUGUAUAUAGUAUAUCAAAUUUAGAGGUGUGACCUUAAAUUUAACUUUUUUUAAAAACCGGGAGGUCAAUAAAAUUUAAACUGCUUAACAACUA